AUGGACGGUGCCGCCAAAAUGCCUGCGAAUCCAUGUUUCCCGGCUCCCAUCAAAACUCACAUCAGGAACCAGGACUCCUAUUCGUCUUCAUUAAGCCAUGAUGCUAUGGCUCUUGGCGAGCCCAUCCCGUCGCCACGCCGAUGUUUCACCAUCACUGCCACGAUUCUCCAUGGAUCGCGGACAAGCCACGAUGUCUCCGUUUCGCUCAGUGCGGAGGAUGAAGGAACCCUUUCAGCUCAUGCUACCCAAAUCACCGGCAUCGGUAUCCUCCCCCGUAUCAACAUCAUGCGACGGUGCGCCUCCAUUCGCUCCAAAGACAGCUCGGCAAUCAAGGCUGCCGGACGGCCAUUCAUUGAGAACGUGGAGAUCUGA